AUGGAGGUGGGUACUUGGGAACCGGAGUUGACCAACGUCUCCGCCUGCACCCUAUGUGUUCCGGCAUCAAUUUCCCCUGGACGGCUGCUCAGCGGCAGCGUUGGAAAGAAUCAUGUCUACCAAAAGCUGCCCCAACAGCCCCUUAAGCUCUUCGUUAUCAAAUUGGACGGCUCUAGCUUUGAGGUGGAAGUUCUGAAGACGGCGACGGUGGCCGAACUUAAAGAGGCAGUGAAGGAUGUUUUUAAUCAGUCACCAAUAGAUGAAAUGAUUUCAUGGUCACAUGUGUGGGGUCAUUUUUGCUUAUGUUAUCAAGGCCAGAAGCUUCUCGAUUAUAAGGCAUCUAUCCGACUUUUUGGAAUCAAGGAUGGCGACCAGAUAUGUUUUGUGCGGCAUGUUUCAAUUAAGUAUGAGGGCCGGGAAAAGAGACGAAUAGGGUUGUGGAGGAAAAGGAUAUAUGACAGCCCUGCCUAUGAACAGCUUGUGAUGAACAAUCAUUACACGUGA